UAUUUACAUGCGAAAGCAGAGCACAGCGAACCAAAAUUGAUAUGUAAUCGCAGCUCCUUAUCUUCUUCUACACCCCCGUCAUCUCUGUCUGUCUGUUGUGUCUGUCUCUCUCUCUCUCUCUCUCUGUGCUCCACCAUCUGAGCAUGGCAACUCCGAUCAGUCUUCUUAGAUUGCCUUUUGUUCUACAAAAACCACACUCCUCCCUCUCAAAUUCAAAGCCACAGAUUCUGUCACCCCCACUUGUAAAACCAAUUAUACAAAUGGGAGAUUCCACUGACCCACACAAAAUCUUUACUCAAACUGUACACCAUUUAAAGUCAGCUUCUCUUCCCCUUACAGCCAUUACAUUACCUUUCUUUUUGGACCAAAAGGAUGCGUUUGCUGCUGGUGGGGAGUUUGGGAUAUUGGAGGGCAGGACAUUUGCCCUCAUUCACCCCCUUGUGAUGGGUAGCCUGUUCUUCUACACUCUUUGGGCCGGGUAUUUGGGCUGGCAAUGGCGUCGAGUACGGACAAUCCAGAAUGAGAUUAACGAGCUCAAGAAGCAAGUCAAGCCUACCCCUGUUACACCUGGAGGGGCGCCAGUUGAGGCACCUCCAUCUCCCGUUCAACUCCAAAUUCAGAAACUCACUGAGGAAAGAAAGGAAUUGGUGAAGGGGUCUUACAGGGAUAGACACUUCAAUGCAGGUUCAUUACUGCUAGCACUUGGGGUGUUUGAGUCUGUAGGUGGAGCAAUUAACACAUGGUUUAGGACUGGAAAGCUAUUCCCUGGACCCCAUUUGUUUGCUGGAGCAGCUAUCACAGUGCUAUGGGCAGCAGCAGCAGCACUUGUUCCAUCAAUGCAGAAAGGGAGUGAGACAGCUAGAAAUCUUCACAUUGCACUGAAUGCAUUAAAUGUUCUGCUUUUCGUGUGGCAAAUACCUACUGGAAUUGACAUUGUUUUCAAAGUGUUUGAAUUCACCAAAUGGCCUUGAUUUUCAGAUAUUCUAAAAAGCCAGAUACUAUAUAGAGGCAAACUCUAGCUAGAGAAAUGGAUGAAGAUUCUUGGACUUUGUCGCAUUUCUUCUAGACAGAUGACCAAGGACAAGUAAUGUUCACAAAGAUAUCAAUAGCAAUCAGUUUGUACCUUCCCUUAGACCAAAGGCAGGGAUAAACCUUCCUUUUAAAAAAUAUUGCUGCUUUUGGAAGAAAUGUCUGUCUGUGACCAUAUAUUUCUAAAGCUUCAGUUGAACAUUAAUAUAAUGAUAUUCCAAACUUCAUAAAAAGAAGUUCAACUGAA